CUUCCCGCUGACGCCGCUGCCCUUCUUCCCGCCUCAUUACAGGCUGAUGCUUGUCCUUUCGGCGAGAACAGGAAAGAUUUCCUGAGAAAACUGAGCCAGGAGCCUCCAGCUGGAGCAUCACCAGAGCAAGGAUGCGCUGCCACAAGUUUCUGGGACAAUCUGCGUUUGGAGUUUAUAUCUGGACAACAUUUUUAAUCAAAGAGUCUUUUCAGGGGGAGUACCAGAGGAAGCUGUACAAGGAGCUGUUGGCCAACUACAACCGUUUGGAGAGGCCGGUGGUCAAUGACUCCGCUCCCAUCCUGGUGGAGCUGGGACUCACGCUUCUGCAGAUCAUAGACGUGGAUGAAAAGAACCAGGUCCUAAUGACAAAUGCAUGGCUGCAGUUGUACUGGACAGACGUUUAUUUGAGCUGGAACACUGAAAACUACCCUGGAGUCCAGAAUCUGCGCUUCCCUUCAGACCAGAUCUGGACGCCGGACAUCCUGCUCUACAACAGUGCUGAUGAGCGCUUUGACGCCACGUUCCACACCAACGUCCUGGUCAAUGCUUCGGGUUACUGCCAGUACAUCCCUCCUGGCAUCCUGAAGAGCACCUGCUACAUCGACGUGCGCUGGUUCCCCUUCGAUGUGCAGAGAUGUAACCUGAAGUUUGGAUCCUGGACUCAUAACGGCUGGCUGCUCGACCUCCAGAUGCUCAAUGUGGACACGUCAACGUACAUUCCCAACGGAGAAUGGGAUCUCGUGGACGUACCGGCCAAGCGUAACGAGUUGUACUAUGAAUGCUGCAAGGAGCCGUACCCCGAUGUGACGUUCACUGUCACCAUGCGCAGGAGGACGCUGUACUACGGACUCAACCUUCUCAUUCCCUGUGUGCUGAUUUCUGGUCUGGCUUUACUCGUCUUCUUGCUUCCCGCAGACUCUGGUGAAAAGAUAUCGUUAGGCAUCACUGUGCUGCUCUCACUCACCGUCUUCAUGCUUCUGGUGGCAGAGAUCAUGCCCGCGACAUCCGACUCUGUACCUCUCAUAGCUCAGUACUUUGCCAGCACCAUGAUGAUCGUGGGGAUGUCUGUGGUGGUCACUGUCAUAGUGCUGCAGUUUCACCAUCAUGACCCCCACGGAGGAAAGAUGCCCAAAUGGGUCCGUGUGAUCCUGUUGAACUGGUGUGCCUGGUUCCUUCGGAUGAAACAACCCAAAGAUAAGCGCAGACAUCCAGUGUAUAAGUACCGUCAUGCAUCACAGCAGCUCUCCAGCACCAGCUCAAUCGAAAUGGGGACUGUCCCGAGCGUUUCUGUCCCUCUCUCCCAGACAUCCUGCCCUCCGUGCCCCUCUGGGACCUCAAACGGCUCUACAGGCCUCUGCUUUGGAAACUACCAUUCUGUGGAUAGUCCCCACUGCCCCACCUCCAGCGACUCUGGGGUGGCUCUGGGGGGACGGGCCUGUGAUGAUGGAGAGCCCCCUGGAGGAGUCAGCAGCGGCUUGGGUUUAGGAGUCGGAUAUCCCCCUUUGGAAAUCCAGCGCAUUUUGGAGGAAGUGUCGUACAUAGCGCAAAGAUUUCGGGAUCAAGACGAGGCCGAGGCCAUCUGCAGCGAGUGGAAGUUUGCUGCUGCGGUGGUGGAUCGACUGUGUCUCGUGGCCUUCUCGCUCUUCUCCAUCAUCUGCACCUUUACCAUCCUCAUGUCAGCACCUAAUUUCAUAGAGGCAGUUUCAAAGGACUUCACAUAACUCUCUUUAUCGAUCCAAAACAAGGCAAAAGAAGGAAGGAGAGACUGGAAUAGACUGGUGCACAUCACUAGGACUAGGAUCAUGUUUAAUAAGUGAAAUCACGUGUCAGGAAUCUCAAACCGUCUCAGGUGUGAGCGAGGAAAGUGUUUGGACUCAAGAGUAUUUGGUGUGCUGUGUACAUUAAAGCUGGGCCUGUUAUAUACUAUAUAUUUCAUUUUACUGUCACAGUAUUGACUUACCUUCACGUCAGCACUGAUCAUCGUGUGGGUUUUGAGAAGGUCACUUUUCAGCAGAAGGAGAGGGUCAAGUAGGUGGUGGACCCAUCGCCAGAAAAGUUACAAAGUACACCUUUAAAGUACUCUACAUUACACUUUACUCUACAUUUUGGACUGUGAUCAAAGGACACUGUUAUUCCCAGUUUUGUUUGCUGUAUAGUUUGAAGUAUUUUCUUUUUAAAUAUAUAACCAACCAUAAAAUGUUUAGAUUUUUUGAUGUCUUUCGCUUUAGAAUUUCACCUCCAGCUCAUAGCAUCAAUACAUCGCCUCAUAGUGACAUUUUUCACUGUAGAUGAAGAAAAAACUGUAUAAACUUAUAGAUAUAAAUUCGAUAGAUAUUUAUUAAAGCCUACUGUAUCACUGCACACAGUCACUGCAUAUGAUGUAUAGUACUACUUAGUAACACUGUUUUCAACUAUUCAAUAUGUUGGUCAUGUAAUUUCUGCUCUGUCAAUAAUUAUUUCAAUUAAAAAUAACUUUACUUUGAUUUCAGUACAUAUAAAAUAAGUACAAACAGCAAUUUUAUUUGAGAGGAAAUCACUGCAGUAAAUAAAUGAUUCAGAAAGUAACUAAAAUAUAUGUAUUGUACUGGUAUUCACUGCAGAGUCUGUUCCAAAAAGAGACAGAAACAAAGCCAGAAUCAUACAAUGAGAUUCAAGGAGGAAUUAAGAAAUGGGUCAUGUUUAUCGACAGAAUCUGUGCUCAUUCUGUGACCAACAAAGACGUCCUCACUGUUCCUUCUGUGAUGUUUUGUGGAUCAAGUCCAGGCAAUAAAAAGAGA